GUAUAUACACACAUGUCAUUCACCUAAUGUCAAAUAUACAAAAUAAUACUAGAGUGUUCUAGUUAUUUCGUUAUACGAUUGUAUAAAAUUACUGUGUAAAGGUGUUAAAAAACGAUUGUUGAUCGACUGUCGGAUGAUUUUAUGCUAUAUUUAAAGCUGUAAAAUAUAAAUUGCUUGCAUGAACCCGAACAGAAUGACGGUUGAACCUAACCAACAAAAUCCAACAUCGGUUUUCGGUUUUGAUUCCUAUCCACCGCUCUCAGCUGUAAAUUGGAAUCAGACAAAUCCGUUUACUAGUAAUAUAUCACCAAAUAUACCACGAGUUCAAAAUGAUAUGUUUAAUAUCAACUCGGGUUUAUCAUCUCAAUCGUUCAAUAGGUCUUCCUUAUCAGAUCAAAGGAAUCCCGUUCAAUUUCAACACUUUAAUAAUUUCACAUUUGGUACUCCAAGACCUACACCUGAAAUAGUGCAGUUUCCAUUUAGUAGUAGUACUAUGGGAUUUGGUACUAGAGAAUUUCGAUGUAAAAGAAAAACUGAUUCACCAUCCUUACAGCCUGCCAAACAGCUAAUAACAGAAGAGAAAGUGGCGGAACAUCUGGCACGACUUCAUAUUAACUCUGAAACGGCAGAACCGAAAGAAAACGAGACUAAUCGUAUGCAACGUCUGUAUAUGUGCGAGGAAAUGCGUAAAUUUCAAAUGGAAUCGAUUCUUCCAUCUUAUUUAACAGGUCCAAUUCAAAGACCAUGUACUGCUUUAGUACUUUGGAAACCACCAACUAGGCUGAUUGAUCCAGUACCAAACAACGAAGUGAAUGAAAACAAUAAUAAAGACAAUGUGGUUGACAAUGAUAAAUCUGAAAAUCUUGCAAAAGAGGAUGAAAUGAAUGAAGCUGGUACAAAUGUUAUGGAUUUGGAUACCUGUUAAGACAUACUAAAUUACGGUAACACUUUUUAAGACUUACUACUCCAAGUGAUAUAAUUAGUUUAUAGAAUUUCAAUUAUUGUGUUUGUUUGUUUCACAGAAAUCUUCAUCAACAUUUUUACAAACAAUACUGUUAUAUACUCAAAUCAUAUUUAUAAUCUUCAAUUCUAUUUUAUAAUCAAGGUUUUCAAUGCUAAUGGAAAAUACAAAAAGUGGGAGUAAUAUUUCAAAUAAAAUUCUAUGAAAAAUAAUUAUUUAACAUAAUUAUCCCAUAUAUAAAAGAUUAUUCAAUGUUAAUUAAUAGUCAGACAUUUUAGAAGGGGUUCAAAAUUAAUUUUAGUCUUAAAAUGUUUCAUAUUUAAUGUCUUGCAUCAUCUACAGAGUUGUUUUAAUGAAAACAUCUUCAUUUAUUUAUAUAGUCCAUCUUGAGUCUCAUAUAAACCCAUUUUUCUUUUCAAAAAAUAAUUGUAUUUGUUGUAAUAUAUUUUGACAUUUCUUACAAUUGCUUUAUCAACAUUAAUUACAUACAAACUAAGUCAGUUGUUGAAAAAAAAAUGGAUCAAUGGAAAAUAUUCAUACAGUUAAUAUUGAAGAGGGUGGAAUUUUACUAUUGGAAAUUAGAGAAAGAGUAUUAAGUUUAACACUUCCUAUCUCCCUCUACUUGCUUUUCAUUCCUUUGCUGUUCCCAUCACUUAAAAUUUCGACAUUAUGAGAAUUCAAUUAGAAUAGAGUGAACAGUGGUUUGUUCUCUCUCUAUCAGCAGUUCAGGACCAUUUGAAAUAGCUCCCAUACCACUCUGUAUCUCCCUCUAUAGACUUCUGAUUCACCGUUCAUUGAUUUGAGCAAUCUGAUUCUUCUGUGACAGUGUGCAGCUUUUAGAAUUUAAAAUGGAGGUUCUUCAUGUGAUGUGGUGGCUCAUCUAUCAUGCACAUCAAUAGAGACUUUAUCUCAUAGAUCUUGUUUGCUUUUGGAUUCUUUCCUUUGUACAAAUUAAAAUUUAUCAAGUAGCCUGAGGCAGAAUUCAAGCACUACAUCUUAUACCCAAAUCUUAUAGGUUUGCCUCUUAUGAACUGUUUUUCAUAAUAUCUAAUCAUAGACUCAUCAUAAUCCAGUUCUUGGAUAUUAGUAAAUCCAUAAGCGGCCGUAGCAUCCACAAUUUAUCUUCAGGAGUUUUCUCAUGGAAUUACUGACCAUGGACUCAUAAUUAAUGUUCUUGCAUUUGUCACAAUCAGGUUCAAGAAAAAUUUUUUGUUUGUAUUCAAAAUCACCAUUUAUCCAUGUUAUAUCUUUUAAUCCCGGGCGAGUAAAAACUCCAUCUGUAUCGUAACUGUCAUCAGUAGGGAUUAAAAUCCAUUAAUAUCUCUUCUGAUUCAUCAUUUUCGUCCUGCAAAAUAUUUGAUAAAAUAUGCAGUUGCCGCGUUUAACAUUAUUUCUUGAGCGUUACAUAUAAGUAACGCUAGUCAUCGAUGGGUUAAGCAACAGGAAAACCAUUUAUCACUUUUGACAACAUAUAUUUGUACUGAUUUUGAAAAUAAGUAUUUCAGAUUUAAUAUUUUGCUCUAGAUUGUAAUAUUUUUCAUAAAAAUGUGAAUUACAAAUAUUGAAUUGCUUUUAUUCUUCAAAGUGUGUAUAUUAACAUGUUUUGCUUUUUUUUACUUACUAUACAUAAUUAUAUUUUCCCCUAAUUUUCAAUUUUCACUUGGACAUUUGUGUUGAUGAAAAAUGUCUCUUUAUCAUGGUUUAUGUCACCUAUAAUGAUCUUUCCUUUUUGUUAACAGGAUUUGUUCAGAUUCGUCAUCUAGAUUUUACAGUAUUUACUUUAUCAGAUGAUUUUUCUUUCCCAUUUUUCUUAGCCCUUCUUUUAGUCAUCAGAUGUUUAUAAAAAAUUUCCGAAAAAUAUUCAUUUCGUUCCGAAAUUUAUCUGGUUACAUGUGUUUCAUUAUAACAUAACUUUUUUCAAUUGCCAAUAUAAGAAAAAAAUCCAUAAAAUUCAUCAGUGAAAAUCCUUAAUUUACGAAUUAGUAGGGGAGAAUGUAAUGUAUAUACCGAAUAUUAUAUAUAUUUUUCAAUAAAAUUUUCAAAAAUA